UCUAUGCUCUGUUUAGCCAGUCGAGUUACAACUUUCAAAGCGGCGAGUCGUAGUGCUGCCGGCGACCGUCACCGGCUUAUGUAGCAUCCCGCGAGAAGCACGAAAUGUCGCUCGGCGGGCUGGUGAUGCGAUCGAUAGAGAUACGUAAUUUUAUAACGACGCGCAAACGCGACUGGAAAAGUACGCUUUGCGCCGCAGUGAAACGUCGUGAAGGACAUGGCAGCGAAAAGUGAUUCCGUUGACGUCGUCCACGGCGAUGGCGAUGGCGCGAUAGGUCCGUGGAUGAAAUUAAUCCGAGGGAAACGCACGCAAGAUAUCGUGCGAAGUUGAAGGAAAAUUCUCUCGGACUUUGAUGCGUCACGCCAGAACAUUAAUUGGAAGUAAGUGUAAACCGAUCCUCUCGCACGCACUGAAAUGAUGCAAUCUAUUAUAAGCGAAAAACCGUGAGAAACGUUUCUCUAGAAUUGUAGCACAUUAGUCUGCAAUAUAUUUUAAUAAGGAGAGCUCUUAUAUUUUUUAUUAAAUAUAAAUUUGUACGUGAUAUUCGAUGCAAGACACACGAUCAAACAUUUCGAUCAUUAAUAAAUAGAAGUACAGGAAUGUCAUCAAAGAUAAUCAAGUAAUUAUCUUGCCUGGGUAGAUUCUCACUACAUGUAUGUUAUAAUUAUUGAAAUCAAAUAACUCUAGAAGGUCUGAAUAUUUACCAGGAAAUCUACAGUUUAUUCAUAACGGACUGCCGUAAUCUUACGUAGAACGAGAUAAGCUAAUCUCGCAUAUGAAUAUAUGUACGUGUCUUAUUCUGACAACGUGAGUGAAUACGUCAUCCCGUAUUUUACAUCGGCGAUAGCCAACACUGAAGCUAAGUUGUUAAAAGAAGAAACAAGUUUUUCCUUUUAUACAACUCGUGCCUUCUGCACGGAGAACGAAGUUAUACGUACGAUAUUUCAUCAAACCGCAUCUGCGCCGCAAGAAAUCUCUUCCGUGAUAGAGGCCAGUUAUUUUCUACGAUCUUCUCCACUAUACUAUCAAUGCAGGGAUUAUUCGUACCAAACUGUUACUCCUGUUGCGAAAUAGCAGUACGAAGUAAAUAGUACGUGAAAUAAACUAAUGAAAAAGGUAUUAAAAAAUAGAUAUAAGAAAUAGGUAUCGUUAAAUUCCUGUAUAUGCAAACAAGAUUUAAUAAAUUAUGCGAAGACAACUGCGCGAGGCAUCUCUUGGACAUUUAUUCUGAUGAAUGUAUGGAUCACGAUAUAUCACGUGUCGAAUAUGUGAUGAGCGGCAGUGCUAUGUCUAAUUACGGCGACGUAACCUCUAUGAGAAAUGCAGACGGCACAUCUUCGGAAGAGCAUCGUCAAAGCGAUGAAGAAGAAAUCGUGCCUCUUCACCGGUCUAAUUGUGGCAACGACCUUGACAAUCUUCCUCUACUUCUCCGCCACUUACGGCGACUUCCAGAUUCACGACAUGUUCCUCAAGAUGAUUCGCGAGGGGGAUUAUUUCGCGAACAAAAUCGCCCGGGCGGAGGCGUACAGAGAGGCGGACGUGAAGACCGUCCUUCUGUGGAACACGCUGUUCGGUGACAGGAACUUUUAUUUCGGGAAAGGCGACAUCUUCUACGAUUGUCCCUUCAACAAGUGCAAAGUCUUUAAUGAUCGAGACUACUUGAAUGUGGAGGAUUACGACGCGAUUCUUUUCCACGGUAACGAGAUGAGUGACUACGAGAUGCCGCAGAGGAGGAAGCCGACGCAGUUCUAUGUAUACGUUAAUUUGGAAAGUCCGGCGAAUCGAAAAGUGAAUGAGAAAUAUCGGCAGAACUACUUCAACCUCACGAUGACAUACCGGCUCGACAGCGACAUACUCUGGACUUACGAUAUCAUAGAAGACGUGAAAAGCGGCAAGUUCGUCGCACCUUCAAAGAAUGCCGAUUGGAGCGCCUCUCAAAAUGAUACAAUUUUCGCAGGUGCAGGGGACGCGGUAGACGAAGUGCCAUCUGCGAUAUUGGACACCGUCAGGGGUAAGAGCAAGCCGGUAACUUGGUUUGUAAGCAAUUGCGAUGCCAAAAGUGGCCGGCUGGAGUAUGUGAAGGAGCUGUCGAAGCACAUAGGCGUCGACAUUUACGGCAAAUGCGGCGAAUUCACCUGCGAGAGAGAUCGGAACUGUUUCGUCGACGUAAUCGAGGCCGACUACUUUUUCUACCUGUCCUUUGAGAAUUCCUUCUGCGACGAUUACGUGACGGAAAAGCUGAUGAAUCCGCUCAGGUAUAACGUUGUCCCGGUAGUUUACGGAGGCGCCAACUACAGUCAGUUCGCACCGCCGAAUUCCUACGUGAAUGCCUUGGACUUCGAGAGCCCGAAGGAGCUCGCCGCGUACUUGAAAUAUCUCUCGCAGGAUCAGCAGCGCUAUCAAAGCUUCCUACAAUGGAAGAAGCACUAUCGUGUCAAUUACGGUACAAGGCGGGCCGUUUGUAACCUGUGCGAGGCGCUGCACAAGCAGAAAAAGCCGAAAAUGUAUUCGGAUUUAGCGGAUUGGUACGCCAAAGAUAAAUGUUCUAUUCAGGCGCUUCUGGAUAAUGGCGUCGAUAAAUACGCGACGAAACAUACGCUAAUGAAUCGCGGACAGAAGCAGAAACAGGAUUACAAAAGCGGGACUUAAAAGCAUUAAUAAUGCAUUCCAAUGAAAUGAAAGAGGAAAGUAUGCGUGGACUAAAAUUAAACUUAAAUGUCAGCUGUUAAAUACCGACGUUGAUUCUGGAUAUUUUUGAAAAAUAUAUAGAGUGUGUAAAUAGCAAUCGCAUGCAUCGCAUUUUGUUACUUUAACUUCUGCUAACUGCUGCGUUAUUGAUCGGAGUUCAAUAGCGAUAUAAAUACUUUUCGAAUCCAUCUUGUCUCUCCAAAUUGGACAGGACUUCGCGAAAAUGUAUCAUUAGAUGAUUCAUCUUAGUUUCAGAAACUCUAAUUUGAAUACGUAACUGAGCCUCCAUAUGUGGAACGAUAAGAUAUCCCUACGUCAUCUGUUAUCCAAUUAUGCAUAUUGAGCAAUUUCUAAGUCUAUAACGAAGUGAACGACGCUGCAGCUUCGACGUUUGACUUAUACGUCGGUUGAUGGGUCAUUAGGCCGAGGAUAUGUAGCACAUCGAUAUAUUCACUACUCGCUUGAUUAGUCGAGAUCAAAGCGAGGCCAAGCUCCAUCGCUCUAACACUGCUACACUCCGAGAGCCCGUGCAAGACAGAUAUGUGAUUUACUGAUUGCAUCACAUCCAUGAAGGGAACCAGCUUUCGAAGAUUGCGUAUUAUUGAAAAUUCCAACGAUAAUUAAAUAGACUGAACAAAUAUGAAGCACACAUUUGUAUAAAAGACUGACGUUAAUCCGUCUCAUCAAGAAACUGUUUGCCAGAAAAAAAUGUCAUGAUAUUAUAUUUAAUAUUUUUUUUAUAAUAUUACUUCUAUACAUGGUUAAUAUAUAUAUACAAGGUGUUUCUAAUUGUUCUACUUUCCAAUACACACACACACACACACACACACACACACGUACGUGCGCGCAACUUUCAAGCCUCAUAAUUCGGAAAAUGCUUAAUGAAAAAUAACUUUAUUUUGAAAAGCUUUGGAUGUCAGCUACAAGAAUAUACAAUGAAAAAUGGAGGUUUCCAUUUAAAAAUUUUGAAAUUAUUUUUGUGUGAUUUUGACAACGCUAUCUAAGGUCACACUAAUGUUGCUAUAAAAUGCGCAAUUUAAAACCUUCCAACUUUUGUAUAAAUUUUUCCUGAAAAUACUUUAUUUUUAAGAUAACCGACUGUAUUAACUGAAAUAAAAUACCCUAUAUAAAGAUAAGUAAUAUUUAUAAUCUUUGUCCUCCUGAGUGAUUAGUGAAGAGUUGUAACAAAUGUUGUAACAAAUUAAAAUAAUAAUAAUAAUAAUAAUUUUUGUCACCGUUAUUUAAUAUAAUCGUUGAAUUCCAUUCUCCUUUUGUGUUAAAGAAACAUGUCCAGUAAGUAUAUAAAAUAGCGCAAAUGUAAUAAUAAAAAAUAAGAGACCAUUGUGUUCAUGUAUUUACACAUACAAGUGAAACCAAAUAUACGUUAGUCUAAUUAGUAGUAGCUGUUAACACAUUUAACCGUUAAUAACUGCUGAUUAUCAACAAUUUUGUGUAGGCGUGUAUGAAUGUACGCGCAGGCUUAUAAACAUAAGUCUAAAGGCGCGUUCACACAGGAUCAUUUUGUGGCGCUAGAGAGAAGCAUUGCGGAUUCACACGGGUCACUUUGUGGCGCUAUGUAAGCUAUUUUGUGAUGUCACAAAGAAACACUACGGACUCGUUCAAAUGAACCCGCCACUUCGUGACGCCACUUAAAAAUCUUUUUUUGGAUCCGUAACGCUUCUCUAUAACGCCACAAAGUGUACAAACGUCAAAACGCUCUUUUUGUAGCACCACAAAGUAGUUAGUGUGAACACAUCCUUAUGUUAUGCAUUUUUUGUGUAUAGCAUAAUUUAUUAUUUAAGUAUAUUAUAUUUUUUCUCUUUUACAGUUUUUCCAUAUUUUUAAUCAAAUUUUAAUUAUAUAUAUACAUAUGUUUUAAAAGAUUAGCAAAGUGAAACUAUUAGUAUUGAUAGUACAAAGAAAGAAAAAGAAAGAGAGAGAGAAAUGCUUUGUUCCGAUGCGAUUUAUAAAAUUUAAAGAAUAAGCUUAGAAUAAGAUAUAAAAGAAACAUAACGUAAAUAGUUUUUAAUUUUAUAUAACUAUUAGAGUCUUGUAUUUUCAUACAAGCGCUUCCAUUUCGCUUUUAUAAAAAAAAUUUUAUUUAUUUUAUAAACAAUAUUCAAGAUGAAGGUACACAAAUUGUGCAUAAAACCGCAAACUCUGUAACGUAAACAAUGCAAGCUCUUCAAUUGUUAAUUUUUGCAAAGGCAUAUUUGCGAAAAGUUAAGGCAAAUGGUAGAUACGGAAAAUUAUACUCGUAACGACAUCCAUGUACAUCUGUUAUUAUAUAAAUAUAAUAUAACAUUUACAUCUA